UCUAGAUGGUAUGUGGUCAGAUUUCCAAGAAGUGGCAGUCUUCAAACGCAAUAAGAGAAGCAUUUGACUCGCUUUAAAAUGGAUAACUCCGAAUUGCAGGCCACUGCAAAGGUGUCCAAAAGUAACGAAAGUUCAAUUAGAAGCACGAAGAAAAAGAAGAAGAAGAAGAAAAAGGGAUUUCGAAAUAAAGACACGGAUGAUUCUUCCAUCCCUGCUGAAGAACAGCCAGCAGAUGGAGGAAGUGAUACUUGUGUCACCGAGUCUUUAUUCAAGGCAUCGACUUCUAMGUUGGAAGAAGUGGAGGCUUUAAAGGUAACCAAAGUAUCAGAUGAGACAGAAAAAAGUUCUAGAUCUGAAGAUGUAGAACGGAAAAUAAACCAGCAAGCGGARACGGGUUUCAAGGAUUCCGAAAAUAGUCAGAACGACAAGCAAAAGACCGGAGGCGAAGAUGACAGGUCAAGUCUUUCGACAUUUCUAGAUCAGCCAGAAGAAAAACCAAAUGCAAACGGCUUAAGAAAGAAGAAGAAAAAGAAGAAAUCAAAAGGAAAGAAAGGAGUUUUGGUAUCUCAUGUCUUAUCGGAACCUCAAGAUGAUCCAGGCAAAGACAAAGACCUCGAAGAGGAUAAUGAUGGCGAAGACUCGAAAGGCGGAAGUCCGAGCGAAGAGGAAGCUGCUGAAGAUCAGCCAGAAGAAAAACCACCAAGUCCAAACAGCUCAAGAAAGAAAAAGAAAAAAAAAAAAUCAAAAGAAAAGAAAGGAUUUCUGGUAUCUCAUGUCUUAUCAGAACCUCAAGACGACUCAGACAAAGACAAAGACCACGAAGAGAAUAAUGGCGAAGACUCAAAAGGAAGUCCGAGCGAAGAGGAAGCUUCUGAAGAGGAGAAAUUUAAAGCGUUCAUUCACGACAAAGAAAAGGAACCAAAUGACCUUCAAAAGUUUACUAAAGAAGCUUUUCUACUUUCAACACCUGAAAAGGAAAGAAACAAUUUUCUUCAAAUUGUCACUCUUAUUUAUGGCGUGGGUCUCCAAGCUCUUCGAACGAUUUUCAUGGAUGUUCAUCCCACGUGGUCAAACAAGCCUGCUGAUGCAAAAUCUCUUGUUAAGGGGUCCAUGAAACUUAAAGGACAUGAAUUGGCUUCCUUCAAUAAAGGUGACAUCGACAAAUGGGAUGUUUCACUCAUCACAACCGUACUCCUGUAUUCCAAGAAAUGCAAAGAUGAAAUCUCCAAGAGACCAGGGUUUGAAGAUGCUAUUCGCAGCAUUAAAGACCACAAAAAUCGUUUGAUAAGCCAUAUUAGCUCGGAAAAAAUGCCAGAUGCAGAGUUCCAAACUUACUGGCCAGUAAUUUCCAACGACAUUGUAACUAUCGGAGGCAAGUCGGAAGAUAUUGAAGACAUAAGUAAAGGCGAUGUUUUGGAAACUGGCAAGUUUUAUCGUGAUCUAUUUCUAGAAGAGAUUAGUAGCCGAGAUGCUCUUUAUAGCAAGAUGUCAGUCAUGGACAAAAAACUGGACAACCUGCUUGCAGACAAAUACCUCGGUUCAUCCAAGGCUGACUCUUCUCCGAGUCUUAAAGAUUUGAGUGGCCCUAAAUGGGAUGAAUGGCUCAGGUUUUGUGAUAGAGUGUCUAAUUUUGAUUACCAUCAAAACAAUUACAUUCUGAUCACUGAUGCCAUGUCUCGUGAAAACGUACAGCAUUUUUCUCCCCUUCGAAGUGUGCCAUGGAAAGUUGUCCUGGAUUUUGACCCAUGUUCCGAGGAAAAGGGCUUAUACCAUGAUUUUAUCAACAAAGAAGGAAAGAUCAGCCUUAUCAACAUGAUAACCCCUGAUGAAAUACGCCGCCAACAUACCACCAACCUUGCCAGACACCUGGACAGCCAUAAGACGCAAUGGGUGUUCGUAAAUGGUCGAGAGAAAGACAAAAUUGGAUGUCAACAGACGUUGGAGGAUUGGAAAACUUCGUCCGUUAAGCAAUUAACGAAGUUUUUUAUUUGUUACUCUGACCCUGAUAAAAGUGACAAGCACAAACCCAUUGUUUGCCUUGUUUUGCCAUUUCGAAAAGAAACUGUUCCGUACCUUACGAUUACCAUGGAGAGACUCACGGAAAAUUUUGACGAAUUCAACAUCAACUUCGUUGGCACUCAGCAAGACCAGUGUGACAUCCUCAGGAAGUUUAAUAUUCAAAUAACUAAACUUAAUCCAAGCCUUCUGAGCCUAGGAAUGUCAGAGUUAUUUCAUGAGUCUUCGGUCACAGGAUACCGUAUGCCAACCUGCCAAGCACAGAUGCCAGUGAGGUUAAAGCAACAGGAGUACCUUUAUUUAAAAGAAUACAUGACUGUAUUAUACGAUGGUUGUGAGGACCUUCCAAGCGUCAAGGGAGACAUCGAAGAAGAGAACAAAUUGGAGAAGAUGCUCAAUGAACAUAGAGAGUCUUUCAUGUCUGGCAACUGGAUUUCAUUCAUAAGUCUUUUCGACAACCAUGACGCUCGGCGAGAGAUAGGGAAUGCAGUUCGAACUCAUAUUCAGCGGCUUUUAGACCUAGGACCGACUCAUUCAACUAUUGUAGAAUUAUGCCACUCACCAGGAACAGGUGGCUCUACGAUUGCUCGUCGGGUUCUAUGGGAUCUGCAUAAGUUCUUUCCCUGUGCCAUUGCCAAUAUGGAAGGUCUCAACAGUGACUUUGACGAUGAUUUAGUUUGGAUUAAUGGACUUGCAGAUCGUAUCAAUGAUUUGCACGAUUUAUGUCGCACGAUUCCCUUGGUACUCCUGGAUGGAAAACAUGCAAGAAUGGAAGCCAUAAGUAAUAAGCUUGUAAGAAUAUUAAACAACCGGGGACUGAGAGUAGUACUUCUGAGAUGUUUACACCGAUCAAAAGGAAGCGACAUUGAAUCCACGUCCGAAGCUUCAAACGUCCAUGCCAGAUUUUCUGUUAACGUGAAGCUAGAGGAGUCAAGGGCUGAUCUCAACGAGUUUGAGGCAAAGUACAAAGACUUCAUCGAGGACUUCACGAAGAACAAGACCACAUCAAGUCUUUGUAGAGUGUUUCAUUUUCCACUUAUUGCAAUGCUUCAAGGAUUAGAAGGGUUUGGUAAAAAGCUAGAGCAUAUAGUUUACGACACCUUUGACGAAAUGACCAGCUUCGAGAAGGAAAUUGCAGUUUUGGUUGCUUUCAUUCAGAAGUACGCAGCUCAGGCAACGCCAGCUUCGCUUUUAUAUAAAGCAUUUAAACCGCAUUUUGGUCAUGAAUGUGAUACCAACAAAGGAACAACAUAUGACGAUAUUAACCAGCCCAUUACAGAACAGUUGCUCAACUUGAUGGUACCUACAAAGCCAGCAUCGGUUCGUCGUGGAGGAAGCCGCUCUAAUGUUAGCUCUUUCCAUGAGAGCUAUACACUUCAACAUCCCCUUGUCGCAGACUUGGUGCUCAAGAAAGUCUAUAUGGACCAAAAGCGUAAUAUUAUUGCUUUAACGCGCGAGUUUCUUGAAUUCCCAAUAUUCCAAGAUGAGCGUUUCUUUUCUCUCAUUAAUGAUAUAUUCAUUAGAAAUCGAAGUUCAGCAGCGAACGCAAGGUUUUCAAUUUUGUUUGAAGAGCUUAAGUCAGUGAGCUCUAGUAUUGCUGCACAGAUCUUUUGCGAGGUCGCAGAGAAAGCCAAAGAUGCCACUCUUUACGGACACGCGGCUCGAUUUCAUACGAAGAAAAACCCGCAAUCAUUUUCAACCGCUAAAGAAUUGAUUGCCAAGGCAUUUCAGUGCAAAAAUGCAAAACACAAAAUCAGGUCUAUCUAUGACAUGAAGGGAGGAAUUCUUCAAAAUGAGUUGAAGUUCUUGGCGAACACCCACAAAAUUGACUCAUUGCCCUCUUUACAGAAAUUGGCUGAUGAAGCUUUGCAGUCGUACAAGAAAGCAAGAAACUUUCCGCCGAGUUUUCCUAAUCCUUUAUUAGGGGAAGUAAAGGUAUGGAUUGCGUGCAUCGAAUGGAUUACAAAGUACCAGUGUAAUGGCGACUCUGAUGAGACAAUAAAGUUUCUCAACUCAGCUAAUGCACCUCCGUUUUUUAGUACAUGUGUUAGCGAUUCAUUCUAUCUUUUGGAUAUCGUUGAUGGUAUAGUCCAGUCGGCAGUUACCCUACCAGAUCCAGAAGAAACACAGAGGCAAGCAAAUACCCUAAGGGUUUCUUUGAUGCGCACAUUUAAUAAAGGAAGACGAGCACCUGUUGGCAGAAAAGAUAAGGAUGAUGUUAUUCAGGCGUGCAUUGCACUAUGUUCUACAGAAAAUUUCCCAAAGUCCUCCCAUACAGAGCUAAAGCGCUUACAGGCACACUAUAUCAUCAGCUGCGUGGACGGCCAAAUCGAGAACAUUAAAAAGGAACAUUUAGAGUUCUUAGUAAAGCUGUUGGAAAGUUUGGUGCUAGUGGAAAAUGAAGGCAGUUCAAUGGCAUACCAUCUGAUGAAGGUUUGUUUGCUGAUCACAGAACCCAGGCAUUAUUCUUUGGAAAAAGGUCUACGAGUAGCAGAAAAAUGGAUUCAGGAAUCAAGCUACAACCCUCUUCCCUACUUUUACCAAAUGAUGAUUUACUUCCUUAAAAUACUAGAUGGGAAUCAUCUUUUGUACAGGGACAGCUAUCACAAAGCUAUCAACAAAUGCCAAGAGAAUUCACAGCAUCACUGCAGAGGUGCGAUGUCUACUCACUUCUUGAAAAGAAAGGGAAAGGGGAUGAAUCGUUUAAUGACCAAGAGUGCCUUAUUAAGUGGAGAAGCCGAAUAUCCUCGAAAUGUCAAAGAUUUCUGGACGAUCCACAGCCGCAAGAAACUUCUGGAGUGUAGAGGAAGAAUCAGAAUUCGACAAAAGUCUGGUCGAAGAAAGCAAGUUUACAUUGAGCUCGCCCAAGGCAACAUCGAACUAUAUGUUGGCAAAAAUGCUGACAUUGGACAGGUUGAACGAGAUUUUUCCCAAGGAAGCAUAGUUUACUUUGUCGUUAGUUUUAACUUACAAGGUCCAGUUGCAAAUGGCAUUACUUUUACGCCUUCAACUGAAGGUGAUUAGGUCAAGAACUUUUAACGCCAACCCGUUAAACUGGAUCACAAGUGUGGAUUCUAAUUCAGACUUGGUAAGAGUAAAAAACUUCGCAAAUAGAGUUUUAGGAACUGUUCGAACUCAUCUAUUGAUAGUGUCACUGAUGCAAAGGAUUUCUGGAAAAUACUUUAAAAAGUUGUGGACCUGGUCUCUAGAUCUAGAAUACACUUCAAUAGGAUAUCCAUACACAAGACAUUAAACACUUUGCAAUAGUGGUGAAAUGCCAAACUAAAGAACUCUGUAUAGUGUUAGAAUUUAAAUCAUAUGGCUUCCGUGCUUUCUCAGUCUGUGCACCAAGACUAUGGAACGCUAUACCUAUUCAUAUUAGACAGUCAGUGACAAUCACUAUCUUUAAGAAACAACUAAAGACUUUUUUAUAUAAAGAAGCUUUCUGCUGAUUCCUUUGAAUCCUCGCACUGAUUUUUUAUAUCAUUAAAUUAUUGCUAUAUCGUUGAUUAACAGUAAUUUAUGAGCCCUUCCUGGAUUCGCUUGGAUAACUGCGGCAUGGAGGUUUCUGAGUCGAGUAAACUCGAUUCGCGUUGUCCAGGCUAGUUAGGGAAGGGUCUAUGUAUCUAUUAUCUGAUAUUAUAACUAGACAAUAUAUUUUUAGUCUUGAUUCUUUAUGAUAGUAUUAUGUCUAUAAGCUAAAAGAAAAAUUGAAUAAAUAAUUAAGUUUAGAUUARGAUACGGUWRUAYGCCAUAGUUACUCAUGUUGGAUAGUCAGAGAYAAUUGCUAUCUCUAAUAUAAGAAAUAAGGGCAUCUAAUAUUUAAUGACGUUUUUUCUUCCGAUUUUUAGAUUUUAUGACUGAGUCUUAACAUUACUAGGUUAUCUUUUUUAUUAUUAUUAGUAAUAGUACUAGUCUAAAUGUAAAGCGCUUUUGAGCUAUGAGUAAAAAGACUAGAAAUCAACUUUUUUACUGCUUGCAUAGCAAAAUAAAGUAAAGCGAGACGUUUCGUGGCGUUUCCUCAUGUUAAGCAUCACUCUGCUCAGUGAAUUGAUCGUGUCGAAAGCUUGAUCAAUCUAUCUUUGAUCGACUAGUUGGAUUUGACUAAAACAAUUAGUCCUCUCGCCCUCCUGCAUGGCCUAUGAGUCAAUAGCCCAUCAUUUACCUGGCCUGCUAUUGACUCAAAGCCCAUUCGGGCUGGAGGCGCCUAGUUAGAGCUGAGACUGGUAAAAGGAUGCUAGCUGAUGCUGAAAGUUUUGUUACAAUGUUUUGUACUAAGCCCAAAAUGCAUUAUGGGCGAUGUUAGUGCGAUCAGCGAAAGSUCACAUCAAUAUGGAAUUUCCACAAACCUUUUCUGCACGUUUUUCAGGCUUAUUUUUUUGUUUUGACAUUAUUUACAUAUGAGUUGUUUUACAAAUGCUUAUAUAAACUCUCCACUUGGUUAACUA